CUUGCCUCAGAAAUCAUGGGCCUUCCAAGCAUUGAACACUUUGACAUGAUUAGAUUAGACUGUGAGGACUUGAAAAGAGGUUUGGCUAAAGUCUGUCGCAGUCAUGCUGAUGAGCUUCUGAGUAGGGUCUCCUCGGACCACCGCAGAGAAAAUGAGGGGUAAGCUGAGUUGUAAUAUUGGUUUGGUCCACCUGAGGCAAAUAGUGAAGAAUUUGCACACUCUUGGUAGCUUUUCUUUGUUUGCAUGUAGUGUUUUGAAAUAGUCUGGAAUUUUUGGUAGAUAGUUGAGGCACAAGUCCUGAAGAAAUGAGCAGUGAAAGAAGUGAUGCGCUACUGUCUCAUUAGAAUUUCUGCAGAGGAGGCAUGUUGAUGUUUUAUCUGGUUUGAUGCGGUUAAGGGGAGAAGUAAGUUGAAUGUGUCCUGUGCACUUGCAAAUGAUAAUGACCUGUUUAUGUCUGUGGAGGCAAUUUAUUGGAUCUUUAUGGUCUUCUCCAAUUGCAAAUUGAUACUUCAGAUAGCGGAGCAUCAAUAUCUUACAAUAACAGUAUAGUCAUUACUUCUGAAAAUAAACACUUUCCUCGAAACCUAUUCCAUCAAGUUAACCUUAAAAUGGAUUCCCAGGUCACCACACUAUACAGAGAGCAGACAAACUAGCUAAAUUGUGGAGCAUGUAAUGAACAGUCAAACAUACCUACAUCAUUUAACACUGCAAAGAAGAUUAUUAGAGCUAAUAAAAAAGAAAAAUAUGGUUAAAUGGACAGGCAAGGGGCUCAACGGGAAGAUAUGUGUUCACACACAUGCUCAACCCAAACCCUAAAGAGUAACACUGUGGUUUAUUCAAUGGUUGGGAACUGCCAUAACGAUAAUUUGGUUACAUAGUUAUGUAUUUCAGGGUAAAAUAGAUCUCAAUUUUUUUCCCCUUCCAAAAAUUUAAAGCAUCUGCAAAGAAUUCUCCCACAUCAAAGAGAGGGCUCUAGCUGUACCAGGAGGAAGUGAGGAGCUGAUUGACAUGCUCAACUUUGUGGAGAUUGCCCGAACAACUGGCAUGAUCAAACUCAAUGAGAGAAUAACAGUAAGUUGA